AUGUCUGAUCUGAAAAGCAAGGCCGGGAGAUUGUCCCUAUUGGGGCUUGCCAAAGAAGUGUUUAAUUGGUAUCCAUCUUCUUAUCCUGCCGAGGAGAGAAAAUUACUUUUCAAGUUGGACUUGUCGAUUCUGAUAUUCGCCUGUCUCUGCUCCUACGUCCUCAUGGGUUGCUAUUUGACUCGAAGCCAACAUAUCACAGACCAAACAAACAUUAGCAAUGCGUAUGUUAGUGGUCUCAAAGAGGACUUCGCCCUGUACGGCAAUGAACUGAACUACUUCAAUGUCUGCUACUUCACAUCAUAUGUGUUAUUUCAAAUCCCUGGACUACUACUUAUGUCACGCCCAAAGUUAGCCCGCUGGUUGUUACCUACCCUCGAAGUCCUCUGGGGUAUAUGUACAUUCGCUCAGAGCCGUGUCACCAACGUUCACCAGAUUUAUGCCCUUCGUUUCUUGGUUGGAAUGCUAGAAGCACCUGUCUUUGCAGGAACGCAUUUCAUUCUUGGUUCAUGGUACACGGGUCCCGAACUCUUCAAACGAGCCGGAACAUGGUUCAUCUGUAACCCGCUCGGUACCAUGGUUAGUGGAUACCUACAGGCAGCUGCUUAUACCAACCUCUCUGGUGUUGGGGGUAUGCCUGGAUGGAGGUGGCUGUUCAUAAUUGACGGCAUAUUUACCAUCCCCGUGGCCUUGAUCGGGUUCUUCAUUUUUCCCGGUAUUCCGGGUUCACCCAAACCGUUCUAUAUGACGGACCGCGAUGUUGCAUUGGCCAAGGAGAGAACUACAAGAGCCAAGAUCCGCCAACCUGGCAAGAUGAGUCUCGAUGUCUUCAGGAGGACUUUUAAGAGAUGGCAUAUUUGGGUCUUCAUCACUUGCUACGCUUGCAUGAUCAUCUGCUCAUAUCCCAGCAGCUAUAUGAGCCUAUGGCUUAAAGAGGAGGGAUACUCCGUGACUCAAAUAAAUCAACUGCCAACUGUCACUUAUGCUGUUAAUAUUGUAGCCUCCUGGCUCGGGACGACAUUAGCUGCAAUUUAUCCGGAAUGGAUUAUAUAUACCAUUGCAUCCGCAUGUUGUCUAUUCUCAACAUUAUGCAUGAUAAUUUGGAACAUUCCCACAGCACUGAAAUUCGUUGCCUGGUAUGUCUUAGGGGCGGCUGGAUGUUUGAGUCCGAUCCUAUACUCCACCAUCAAUGUAAUAGUGAGGGAUGACGCCGAGGAACGCGCUCUCAUCAUGGGCUCUAUGAUGACAUUCGGAUAUUCGUUCAACAUCUGGGUUCCUUUGCUGGCAUUUCCAACCGCCGGCCCCGAUGGUGCACCGAGAUGGCGAAAGGGAUGGCCAAUAUCAUUCGUGUUUUUCUUCCUUCUAUGGGCUGGCUUCGUGGUCUCUGUGUAUAUAUGGCGAAGGGAGCAAAAGAAGGAAGCCUUAGUAUCACCCCAGGAAAGUAGUGACGAGGAAACGGAUAGUGUGGUAGUUGACGGGACCCAGGCAUUGAAGAGUUGA